CGGAAGUGGCGUAGGGCGGGGAGGGGUUCUUCACCCGGUCCGGCAGCUGAAGCUCGGCGCUCGGGUUACCCCUGCAGCGACGCCCCCUGGUCCCACCGAUACCACUGCUGCUCCCGCCCCUUCACUCCUCGGCCGCGCAAUGGGCACCCGAGACGACGAGUACGACUACCUCUUCAAAGUUGUCCUUAUCGGAGAUUCAGGCGUUGGAAAGAGUAAUCUCCUGUCUCGAUUUACUCGAAAUGAGUUUAAUCUCGAAAGCAAGAGCACCAUUGGAGUAGAGUUUGCAACAAGAAGCAUCCAGGUUGAUGGGAAAACAAUAAAGGCACAGAUAUGGGACACAGCUGGGCAAGAGCGAUAUCGAGCUAUAACAUCAGCAUACUAUCGUGGAGCUGUAGGUGCCUUAUUGGUUUAUGACAUUGCUAAACAUCUCACCUAUGAAAAUGUAGAGCGAUGGCUGAAAGAACUGAGAGAUCAUGCUGAUAGUAACAUUGUUAUCAUGCUUGUGGGCAAUAAGAGUGAUUUGCGUCAUCUCAGGGCAGUUCCUACAGAUGAAGCAAGAGCUUUUGCAGAAAAGAAUGGUUUGUCAUUCAUUGAGACAUCAGCUCUAGACUCUACAAAUGUAGAAGCUGCUUUUCAGACAAUUCUGACAGAGAUAUACCGCAUUGUUUCCCAGAAGCAAAUGUCAGACAGACGUGAAAAUGACAUGUCUCCAAGCAACAAUGUGGUUCCUAUUCAUGUUCCACCAACCACUGAAAAUAAGCCAAAGGUGCAGUGCUGUCAGAACAUAUAAGGCGUUUCUCUUCUCUCCUAGAAGGCUGUGUAUAGUCCAUUUCCCAGGUCUGAGAUUUAAAUAUAUUUGUAAUUCUUGUGGUCACUUUUGUGUUUUAUUACUUCCUUAUACUUAACGAAUGUUCCAUGUUUUAAGUCUUUUGAUUUCAGCUUUAUAAAAUCAUCCGUUUGUCCCGAAUGACUGCAGCUUUUUUCAUGCUAUGGCUUCACUAGCCUUAGUUUAAUAAACUGAAUGUUUGGAUUCGUCAGUUAUUGUUUACUUUUCAUCAUGGAAACCUGUCACUGUAGGACACAAUAGAGCUUAUCACUCGGAGCUCAGACCUGUUGGUCUUGAUCAAAUCAAAUUAAGAAGACUCUAGAAAUAAGCUAUCAUUUUGCCACAGAGCAGCUUAUAAUUCAUACACUCUUCUCUUAGUGCAGUGUAUAUUUCCACAAAUUGCCCUUUAAACAUAGCAGGAUUUUGAGAGCUUGAAAAUUUUCCAUUAUUCUGGAAUAAUGACUUUCAAAAAUGCCUUAAUAGGGUUAUGUAGUUCAGUAAUUUUGGUUUUAAUUUUUGUAAGCAUCAAAGGUGAUUUGAGAGGGCACUUUUUUGCUGGAUGAGAAUGACCUUAAUAAACACAGAAGACUGCAUUGUGGUUUCAGCUGUGGUAUGGACAGGGGUCACGUGUUAGUGCCGCCUGGCAGGCCGGGAACUGGAGAGACUGGUGGAAUUCCAUCUGAGGUGCCUCUGUCGCGAUGAUCAGGCAGCCUGAGUUUAAUGAUGUCAUUUAAUUUAUCUAAUUUCCCAGCAGUAGAUUAUGUGGCAUUUUAUUGCUCAGGCAAUAACUGGUUUUAAUGCUCUUAUAUCAAAUUGUGAGGUGUUAAUUUUGUCUCAAAACCGUCCAUUAAUUGAAAUGUAACCCAGUUUUGUCUCCAUAUUCACCAGCAGGCAUGGAUAAUUAUGUUAAUGAUGCUGAUGUUUGAGUUUUGCAGUACAUUGUGGGAUAUAGUUCAGUUAAGUAUCUGGUUUCAGUAUGUCAAAAAGAAUACAGUGAGAGGUUAAUUUCUGCUCAAGUGGUAUCACUUAAAGGCAUGUAUUCUUUUAGUACUUAAGAUGAAAUAGUACUUUGAGUUUAAAUAGAAUGCAUUUAGGCCAUUAUACAGACUUUCCACUACAUUAUUGAAAUAAGUGGAGCAACUAGUUUCUCAUUCAGAAAUGUGCACACUAAUACUUAGUUUUACUUUCUUGUGGAUAAUAUUAAGCAUUUACUCUGCAGUGUUCUGAAAGUUGUGUCAACUGAAGUGAUACUAUUCAGGGUGGUGGACUGUCCCCAAAACAUAUAUGUGUGGGAUUGCGUAGAUUACUAUGUUUCAUAGUUAAUCUCCUGUCUUUGCGAUGCUCAUGACGUGUGGGGUGCACCGAAGGCAUUGCUGUGGUUGGUAGUUUCGGUUUUCUUAUGCAUUUUAGUGUAUUGGUAUGAAGAUUAUUAUCUAUUUGUAAAUCACUACUUUGUAUUUUAUGCAUGCUCUGUAACUUUUUAUUUUAGUUACUGAUUUGGAAUAUAUUCACAUUCUAAUAAACAGUUAUAGGGGACUGUU